AUGUUUACUCUGAGAGUCGGGCGACAGACUGGCUAUCAUGCAUUGCAGUGGAGAGCGUAUGCGACCGUUGAUACUGUCAAAGAGGGCAAUUACGCGGCUUCAACAGUGACUCCUCCGUGGUCAAGGCGAUUCCAAUUGCAAGAUGGGGAUGAGGAAGACGUCGGCCCCGCCCGGCGUACAGUUUGCAUCCGCAUGUCCAGACCGCUCGCAGGUGGGAUGGUUGACGCGUUUGCUGUUAUUCGUGGGGUAGAGCGCAAACUUGGACGUAUACGUGAAUACCGGUUCAUGCGGGAUGGAGAAGUGGACUCCGAGUACCAGAUGUUAUGCUGGGCUGCAUUUCAUUCUGAGGACUCAAUGAGCCUCAUUCCAGACAAGGGUAUCAUCAUGAGUGUUCCGGCCGUAACGCAAGACCCUACUAUUCCUGAAGGGGGCCCAGGGCUUGAACAUCUUCAAGGUCUAUUUGAUGCGAAGGAUGUUGAUUCUCCCAGUCCCUCAAUAGACUUCGCUGAAGGCCCUUCAACAAAGCAGAGAGUGAUCGAACUCAAUGUUCAGCGAGCUGCAAGUGACUUGCGUUUCAAAGGCGAAAGCAGUCCAUUGAACCUCACAAAGGGUAAAAGGAUUGCAAUAGGACACGGCUUCUAUGAGUGGAGAGGCUUCCAUCCUCUGAAGCCUCUUUAUAUGUCAUCGCCCUUCGCAUCUCAAUCCGAAGAACCACCGCCCACUCCAGACCAUGAGCAAAUGCGCAUUGCGCUGAACAAGUGGAGCCAAAUACUGAACCGACCCGACCCUUCGUUUGCACAAAUGGAGGCUGCAGCGGAAGCGGAAGCACGAGUAGAGACUCAAGAAGAGGAUUCCAUGACAGCAGAUUCGGAACGGUCAAGUGAUUCAUUAACAUCAAUGAAGCUGUCUCAGAAGAGUCGAAGGAGGACUAGACGCGAAGUGGAUGCCUGGGUACCACUAUCGACGCCACAACCAACGGAAAUAGCUCCACCUUCUCCUGACACCAUCCCUCUUAAAAAGCGCACAAUGCCCAAGGCUUCGCAGCCUUCGACGCCUAAGGUUUCGCGCAAGGAACGUUUGCUUGAACAGGCUCGCACCCAGGCCCGCGAACAAGUCUUGCAGCAGGUUGCCUUGCGUGCCAGAGAGGCCGAAUCCGCUGAACUCGAGAAUCCAAAUCCAGAGACACUGAGAGAGAGUGUUGAGGCCCUUUUGAAGGAUUCUCAAGUCGAUGCAGAGUCCCAAAGCGAUGCCACAGGUGGUUCUGGGUUUGAAGUCAAGCCAAAGGCAGGAAACAAACCAGUGGGCGAGAACCGAACCGCUCCCGCGAAGGAAAAGUUGUGGAACUUGGUGGGGAAGUGGUUCUGA